CGCUUCAUUUUUCAUGUCUCUCUCUCUCUGCGCGACUCAGACACGCUUCGAGUUCGCUUAGCUGCAUUUACUCUCUCUCUCUCUCUCUCUACCCCGGCGCCAUUCAUUGCAAACUCCCUCGGAAUUCCCUCGUCGGCAUCCGUCGCCGCCGCCUUCGCCGCCGUCGCCGCCGUGAUCCGUUGGCCGCGCCGUCGUCCGAUAUGUACGACGCGCCGCCGUUCUUCCCCAGCGCGGAGACGCGCUUGCCGCCGUCCUCGUCGUCGUCGUCGUCUUCCUCGCCGUCGCUGUCCAACCUCAGUCCCAGCAUCAUCAUCACCCUCAUGGUGCUCUCCGUCGCCAUCAUCGUCACCACCUGCCUCUGCCUCCUCUUCCGCCACCUCCACCGCCUCCCCCUCCCUCGCUGCCUCCUCCACCGCCACCUCUCCACCUCCUCCUCCUCCUCCUCCUCCUCGCCUCCUCUCCGCGCCUCCGCGCCUCCUCCUCAGGACGGCGCCGCCGUCGUCCAUGAUGAGUCGUUCAUCGACUCGCUUCCUCUCUUCUCCUUCUCGUCCGUCACCCGCCGCUCCUCAUCGGCGGCCGACGGGGACUGCGCCGUCUGCCUCUGCAAGUUCAAGCCCCACGACCUGCUCCGGCUGCUCCCCCUGUGCUGCCACGCCUUCCACGCCGAGUGCAUCGACACGUGGCUCCAGGCGAACCGGACGUGCCCGCUCUGCCGAUCUAACGUCCACGCCUGCGAGGCCGACCUCGAGGCCCUGCUCCAAUCGUCGGCGAGGAUCCACGCGGGCGGCGACGUCGGCGGAGGAGGAGGAGGGAGGAGGAGCUUCAGGCUCGAGAUCGGCUCCGUGAGCCGGCGCCGGUCCUCCGUCGACGGAGGCGAAGCCGAGGCGCGGCGGUCCUACUCCAUCGGCUCCUUCGACUACGUCGUGGACGCGGACUCGGAGGUCGCGGUCGCCGGGGAUCGGCACCGGAGGAGCGUCUCGGACAAGGACGACGGCGCGGCUCAUCUGGCGGCGGCGAUCGCGAUGGACGCGAGCCUCGCCGCGGACGUCGCCUCGGGGAGGAGCUGGCUCGGGGAUUACAUGGAUCGGCUCUCGGCCACGCUCUCGUCGCGGACCGCGUCCUUCCGGAGCUCGAGGAGGUUCUUCUCGGGCAGCAGCCGCCGGAGCGACGCCUCCGCCGCCGGCUUCGUCAGCGACUGGGACCUGGAGGCCAGCCGCGUCGGAGAAGAAAUCAGCGAGCUCUUCCGGUGGGCCUCAGGGGUAUAAUCGGUAAGACACAAGAAGCAACACAAAAAACUCUCCCACAAUUGCUAUCUCCACUACUCACUAUUCCCGCUUCACUGGGAGCGCGCAUAGCAAAAUCCGGGAGCGGCGAUAGCAGAAACUGAGCCAGGCGGGGGCGGGCCUCGUGACUCACGAGCUGCCCCGGAAAUUCUUUUUUUUAAUUUUUAAUUUUCUUUUUCUUGUCAAUAUAAUCCCCUCUGUUUUUUCCCCCCACGUUAUAAAAAUUUUCCCCCACGAAGGGCCGAGAUCCCA